GAUAAGCCGGAAGUGUCCACGUUUUCAGACUCCUUCGAAUAUUUCGAAUAUUUCAGAAUCCUUCGAAUCGAUAUUAUGCUGAGUCACAAUUCUGAAAAUUCCUCUUGUGCUAAUUACAUCUUCCAAGAUUAUUUGGAAAAACCUGUGAUAGAGAAUAUUUUAAAUAAAUUUACUAUGUGAGUAAAAUGAGUCAGUUCAUCACCGUACAAGUUGGACAAUGUGGAAAUCAAAUUGGUUCAGCCUUUUGGCCAUUGACAUUGCAUGAGUAUGGAGUACAAACGACAAGUGGAGGUGUUAACCUUCUUAAAAUGUACAAAAAUUAUAGUAAAAAUAGUAAAGAACUUUCCGAUGCUUUCAGUAGCUUCUUUUAUGUGCCGGAUAGUCAGCAGCAUAGCUUUGCAUUUAAAAAUGUGUCAGACUUGGAACAAGCCAAAGUUAAAGCCAGAGCAGUAUUAGUAGACAUGGAAGAUAGUGUUGUAAGUCGAUUUUCUCAAGGUCCACUAAGCAAUUUAUUUGACCGAACUUGUACUAUAACAAAUUAUCCAGGAUCAGGAAAUAAUUGGGCAGUUGGUUACUAUACUCAUGGCUUAGAAUAUUAUAAUAGACUGGAAGAGACUAUAAGACUGAUGGUAGAGAAGUGUGAUUGUCUUCAUGGUUUUCUAUUGAUGCAUUCAGUAGGAGGAGGCACUGGUUCUGGUUUGGGAACUGCAACUUUAAAAUUAUUGGAUGAUGCGUAUCCUCAUGUCGACAGAUUUGUUUCUAGUGUAUAUCCUGCAAGUACUCAAGAUGUUAUCACAGCACCUUACAAUGUUUUAUUAGCUACUCGAGAAUUAAUUGAACAUGCUACUUGUGUAUUUCCUUCGGAGAAUCGAGCCCUUCAAGAUAUGUGUAACAUGUAUAGAAAUGGUAAAAGAGAAAAUGCUGAUCAGGCAAAAUAUAAUGCUUCGUGCUUGCCAUUUCAAGAUAUGAAUAGUAUUAUAGUGAACAUGCUUAUGCACUUAACAAGUGGCUCUAGAUUUUCAGGAAGUUUAAAUACAGAUAUGAAUGAGUUAGCGACAAAUCUUGUGGCAUACCCCAAUUUGCAUUAUAUUUUUAGUAGUAUAAGUCCAGUAGCUCUUACUGCACCAUACAUAAUAACUACAAAUAACAAAAAAUAUUAUGAUGAAUUAUUUACAAAUGCAUGGUCCAGAAAUAAUCAAUUAAUAAAAGUUGAUCCACUACAAUCAAGGUCACUUAUUAUUGGAGCAGCACAUAUAUAUAGAGGUGAUGCUUCAUUAACCGAUAUACGAAGGAAUAUAGAAAGAUUUCAAUCUAAAGCAAAGUUUACAGCAUGGAGCAAAGAAGCUAUGAAAGUAGGCUUAUGUUCAGUUCCACCUGUUGGUCAUCCAGCUUCAUUAUUGUGUUUGAUGAAUUCUACUGCCAUAUCCUAUUUGUUCAAAGAUAUUAUUCAUCAGUUUGAUAAAUUAUACAAAAAGAAGGCUCAUAUUCAUCAUUAUUUGCAAGUCGAUCAAUUUGAAAAUGAAGAUUUUAUUGGAAGCAGAGAAAAAAUCCUUAGUGUAUUUGAUCAAUACAUUAGGAUUGAAAGGCAAACACCAAUUAACAUUUCUAGACUAGAAUUGAAUUAAAUCUUGGUUAAAUUAAAAUUCAG